UAUUAUGUUUUAAUUUUCAGAUUCUCCAAAAUUAUCCUCAAAACAAACGAGUCAUCUCACUAGAGGAAAAUCAUUGGGGACAGCAAGUGGUCUGAUAUCUUCCCCAGAUAGUUCAAAAAGAAACUUUUUGAAGAAACAGAGCUCAUCAUCAAAAGCUCCCAUAAGCACAGCUCACAAUAUAGUAGUUGUUAAGCCAGCUCUCCCAGAUGAGACUGCGGAAAAAGACCCUGACAUUCUUCGAUUGCAGAGUGUUCCAAUGUUCCUUCCGAUUAUGCGUGGUACUUUGAAUCUGACAGAUGUGAGAGAUCCAGAAGUUCUUGAAAGGCUGGAUCAGACUGCGUUGUACCGACUUUGUGUAUCUUACCAAGGCUACCUGAACUUCAAUGCCAAUUUAGUAUCUGAAGAACAGAAUAUUAUCGCCCAGAAAAUGCGAGAGGUUGACAGUGAAACUAGUCGUUUGGUAGCUGUAUCAACUGAAAGACAGAAAGCUUACUCGAAGUACGCUGAUAAACUCAACAAAGUUCAUGAAAUAACGCACCAACUCAACAAAUGUCACCUAGCUCUCAACCAAACUUUGGAUUUGAUUGAGAAGCUGAACAAUUCCUUGCCAGUUGAUGACAGACUGGAGCCAUUCGUGUGGACUACCGGCUAGUACACGGAAGAUAUUCAUCACAAUGAUAAAUAAUGUGUGAUUACUCUGAAGAAACUAAUAUUCUGAGUUUUAAGUUACCAUAUUGAGUUGAUAACAUGUAAAUAUUUUGAUAUUCCAAGAAACAUUGUAAAAUAAAUAAACUAGUAUCAAUACUACAAUUUCUCAGCGCAGAUCGUAGAUGAUCAAUUUUCCGUGUAGAAUAAAUGGCAAAGUAAAAAAUAAUUUACUAUGACGUUUCCAAGUAUGUAUUUUAUUUAAGAAUUUAUGUAUUUCUGAGAUGUAAUGUAAUAUAAGAUAGAAUGGUCUGAAAAAUGUCUAUCAUUUCACGUAUUCCAAAGACUCAUAAGUGAUUUCUUGUCGACUAUUUCGAUUUGCUACCUAUUACUUUUGACCAAUUUGCAUAUUUUUCUGCCGCCUGCUAAGCAGUGAGUGUUUAUAGUAUAGGUAUAGGCUAUAGUAUGUUUCAAAAAGGACUGAUAAUUCAUAAUAAAUGAUUCAAAAAAGCUAUGUAGAGCAGGUGUUGUUGCAAAUACUAACACCUCAUUGGAAUAGUUUGAUAGUGCAAAAUCCCGCCAUAAAAAGCGCUAGCUUUAGUUACGUUAAAAAUGGAUGCCUCCACAGGACCCGAGAGUGCUACAAGUCUCAGCCAUCCUUUUAAAAGAUAAAUUAAUCAGAGGGAUAGUUUAUCUGGAUAUGUAGUAACAUUUUUCGAUAUCAAAUAUCGAUAAGGAUGACUAGCAACUACGUUCUUAUUACUCAAAGCAAGAUGGUACACCACAUCACUAAUAGACGUCCACCAUCGACGUACACUUGGGUUCAGUGAAGGAAGCCAUUCUUAAUUUGACAACUUGCGUUUCUCAAGGCUUAAUUUCGUACUAUCAAACUAUCUAAUAACAAAUUGAGUUGUUCUCCUUUGAAACAAAACUAAAUAUACCAUAUCUUGAUUGAAUAUUUCUUUAUGAAUUAUAAAAAUUGAGAAGUUAUUUUUGAAACACUAUACUGGUAAUCUUAGAUACAUGAUAUGUGGAAUCAUACAGGUAUUUGGAUUAUUAAACAAGAAUUUAUAAACCAAAUGAUUAUAAACAAUGUUUCAGUAAUAAAGGACGACAAUAUUUUAUUAUCAUGUGCUUAUUAUAUUAAAAAUAAAACGGAUUGCACAACCUCGAUGAUCAGUUACAUGGAUAUCAUACAUUGUCUUGAUCCAAGCUACCAAUAGGAAAUAUUACAGUCAUAGAAUAAUUAAUGCACUAUUAUUUGUAGUACAAUAUGAUAAAUUCAUUAAUAUUAUUAAUAACACUUAUAAGUACAAAACUUGAUAGAUUAUAUCUCGGUUUAAUUUAAUACAAGGCUUCCAUAAUAAUAGGUCUCAUGCAGAAAUGAUAAUGAUAAAUAAAUUCUAUACCUACUACAAAAUAAAUUAAAAUGAAAAAUUAAGUCACAAAAAAUAUUGUUAGGGAGCGGUAUUGGAGAUCACAAUAUGUUUUGCAGUUUUUGCCUGUCUGUAAUAAAGUUAUAAUAUGUG